GUAUUGAUGUGUACAUAUGGUGACAAGAAUAAAUUUUAAAAAGUAUUGAUUUAUAAAACAAAAGGGUGCAGUGUAAAAAUACGUGAAUAAAUUGAAAAAUUGUGACUUAUGACAGAGUAUUAUUCAUACUUUAUUCGAUGCUGGCGGUUAAUCAGGUAAAAUGAGCGCACUUGGCUCAAAAUGCAAAAGUGCCAACACUGUACAUAACACUUCGGCCGCAAUCACAAGAAGAGGAGAAGCCGACACUGACCUAACCUAUCAGUUGUAUCAUGGUUGAUUGUCGUUCGGAUUUGCAUCGAAGACAAAUUUGUCAUUAUCAGGACAUGUAUGGCUAGAACAAAAAAAUUGAUACUUUAAAAAGAAAACCAGAAAUACGCGACGGAAACGAAGCAGAUUCAGUUUGCACUGUGUCCGAAUAAAAAUUGUUUCUCGACUUGAAACGUAAUUUACAGUCGACUCUGACUCGUAGAUUUAUCAUACUUUAAUUGAUCGGUAAUAAUGAGUCCCGAUCAGACGCAUAGACGAUGGAGCAAUUUGCAAAAAGUGCUGGAGAGGUCGGGUCCGUUUUGUCGACCAGAUUUUGAGCCUUCUCCGGAGACCCUGCAGUUCCUUCUGGAGAAUUGCAAGGUGUUGGUUGUCGGUGCGGGUGGUCUGGGAUGCGAGUUACUCAAGAAUCUGGUUCUGAUGGGAUUCAGGCAGAUCCAUGUGAUCGAUAUGGAUACGAUUGAGUUGUCUAAUCUGAACCGACAGUUCUUGUUCCGCCACAAAGACAUAGGAUCUUACAAGGCAGAGGUAGCCGCCAAGUUCAUCAACUCGAGGAUCCCCGGUUGUAACAUAAUGCCUCACAAUUGCGAGAUACAAGCUAAGGACGAGUCAUUUUAUCAACAGUUCCACAUGGUGAUAUGCGGACUGGACUCAAUCGUUGCGAGAAGAUGGCUCAACGGUAUGCUGCACUCCUUACUCGUCUACGAGAAUGGUGAACUGGACAAGUCUAGCAUCACACCGUUGAUCGAUGGUGGAACCGAAGCUUUCAAAGGCAACGCACGAGUUAUAUACCCUGGACUGAGUCCGUGCAUCGAAUGUAUCUUGGAUCUCUACCCUCCGCAAGUCACAUAUCCUUUAUGUACGAUAGCCAAUACUCCACGCCUACCGGAGCAUUGCGUAGAGUACGUAAAGGUGAUUCAGUGGCCGAAGGAGAACCCGUUCGACUGCGCAAUCGACGGCGAUGAUCCCCAACAUAUAAACUGGAUCUAUGAGAAAUCGAACGAGAGAGCGGCACAGUUCGGCAUACAGGGCUUGACGUACAGACUCGUGCAGGGUGUCGUGAAGAACAUCAUACCGGCUGUGGCGUCGACGAACGCCGUUAUUGCCGCAGCUUGCGCGACGGAAGCGUUCAAACUCGCGACCAAUUGUAACGCAACUUUAAAUAAUUACAUGGUGCUCAACAAUCUAGACGGAGUUUACACGUACACUUAUGAGGCGGAGAGGAAAGAAGAUUGCCUGACGUGUAGUCAGGUAGUACGAGAGAUUGAGAUCAAGGACCCGAAAUACAAACUGCAAGACUUGAUAGAGUUCCUGUGCAAUCAACCAGAUAUGCAAAUGAAAACCCCCGGCCUUACAGCGUGCGUAGACGGCAAGAAUAAGACUCUAUACAUGUGCACGGUGAAGAGCAUCGAGGAGAGGACUCGCGAGAACCUGUCGAAAACUUUGAUCGAGCUGGGCUUAACGAACGACAGCACGAUUAAUGUCGCUGACGUCACCACUCCGAAUAUAAUCACCCUGAAAUUGAAAUUUCUACGGGGCGAUAGUGCGGGUGCGCAGUAAAUACACCGAAUAUUUACUGUUUAUCUACAGUUUCUCAUCAAAUGUAUUUAUGUUGUUCAAAUUAAAGCGCAGAAAUUGAGAAGCAAAGGUUCGAGAAGACGUACGAGCGGAGCCAAAAAUAGCUCACAUAAUUGUACGUUAUUUCUAUAACGCGUUUGCACGAGACACCUCUUUACGUCACCGUAACGUCGUAGUGAGACAAGUAUGUAAUUCAUCAUUGUACAUCAAUAUUAUUUACAGUGGUUAAUGCGACUCUUCGGUGAUUUGCAAAUGUAAACUACAUUCAAAGUUAUAUCAGUAUAAACUGAAUUUCAGUAUAAAUGAAUAAGAGAUAUGCUUAGCAAUUCGAACAAUAAAGACACGACUG